GGCGUCUAAUACACCAAAGACUCCGUAUGGAGGCAGCACCGUCCAAGUUGUUGCAGUAUGUAUUACUUUACCGUUCGAUAUUGGAGUAAAGUCUCAUUUUGUUAGAUGUGAAAUUUUAUUUGCCAGAAGGAUAUUUGCAUAAGCAGAUAUUAGAAAAACAUGAGUUACCACCGUGGAGGAGGUAACAAGCCAAAAGGCUUUGGAUUUGCCGGUUUCCAAAUGACUGGUACCAAAAGAAGCGGCUCAAAUAUACCACCACCUCCCCCAAAUUCUACCCUAAGCAAACAAGGGUAUCAUACCAUGAAUUCAAUCACUGAAAAUGCUUUGUCCGCGUGUUGGGGUAUGCCAAAAAAACGUAGUAAAACCGAAGAAGAAUACUUCGAGGACGACGACGAUCCUCCACCAUUCUCUUUAGAAUAUAUUCCAGCGCCUGGAUCUCCUACCUACGAUUGGAUGAAGAAAUCGACGCCAAAACAGGAGAGCGACAGCGACGAAGAUCCGCUGGAUGCUUUCAUGGCUGGUAUAGAUGCCGAAGUGAAGAAAAACACUUACGAAGCUCAGCUCGCGGAAGAUGAGCGCAAGGAAGACAAGUCUAAGGGAUUCAGAGCAGAUAUCGACUGCGAGGACGACGAAGAAAGCUAUUACAGGUAUAUGGAGGAAAACCCAACCGCGGGGUUACAACAAGAGGAAUCUGACCAAGAAAUCGAAUACGACGAGGACGGGAAUCCUAUCGCGCCUCCGAAAAAGAAAGAGAUCGAUCCUCUGCCUCCCAUCGAUCAUAGCGAGAUACAGUACGAGUCGUUUGAGAAAAACUUUUACAACGUCCACGAUGAAAUCGCCAGCUUAAGCAAACAACAGAUCGACGAUUUGAGAAAGACGUUGGGGAUAAAGGUAUCUGGUCCCUCGCCGCCUAACCCGGUCACAAGUUUCGGUCAUUUUGGUUUUGACGAUGCGUUAAUAAAAGCAAUUAGAAAAAACGAAUAUACCCAACCCACUCCUAUCCAAGCUCAAGCCGUUCCUGCCGCAUUAAGUGGCAGGGAUAUAAUAGGUAUAGCAAAGACUGGAAGCGGUAAAACCGCAGCCUUCAUUUGGCCCAUGUUGGUUCACAUAAUGGAUCAGAGAGAAUUAAAGGCUGGCGACGGACCUAUCGGCUUGAUUCUUGCCCCAACAAGAGAAUUGUCUCAACAGAUUUAUCAAGAAGCAAGAAAGUUUGGGAAAGUCUAUAACAUUCAAGUGUGUUGCUGCUACGGUGGUGGUAGCAAAUGGGAACAAAGUAAAGCGUUGGAAGGGGGUGCGGAGAUAGUAGUCGCAACACCGGGUAGAAUUAUAGAUUUAGUCAAAAUGAAAGCGACGAAUCUAACCAGAGCAACAUUUCUGGUAUUAGACGAAGCCGAUAGAAUGUUCGAUAUGGGUUUCGAGCCGCAAGUACGUUCAAUUUGUAACCACGUUAGGCCGGACAGGCAAACGUUGUUGUUCAGUGCAACUUUCAAAAAGAGGGUAGAAAAGCUAGCGAGGGAUGUUUUAACAGACCCGGUUAGGAUAGUUCAAGGGGACGUUGGUGAAGCUAAUGCUGACGUUACUCAGCACGUGGUAGUCUUUAAUAAUAAUCCAACCGGCAAGUGGGCUUGGUUGUUGCAGAAUUUGGUCGAAUUUUUAAGCGCUGGUAGCCUGUUAAUCUUCGUUACCAAAAAGCUUAACGCGGAGGAGCUUGCGAAUAAUCUCAAGUUGAAAGAGUUUGAUGUUUUGCUUCUGCACGGUGAUAUGGAUCAAAUUGAAAGGAAUAAAGUGAUCACGGCUUUUAAGAAGAAGGAAGUCAGUACUUUGGUUGCUACUGACGUUGCUGCCCGAGGUUUGGACAUUCCACAUAUCAGAACUGUCGUGAAUUACGACGUAGCGCGAGAUAUCGAUAUUCACACGCAUAGGAUAGGUAGAACGGGUCGAGCCGGGGAAAAGGGUACGGCGUAUACCCUUGUGACGGAAAAGGACAAAGAAUUCGCAGGACAUCUAGUCCGAAAUUUGGAAGGAGCGAACCAGGAGGUACCAAAGAGUCUGAUGGACUUGGCGAUGCAAAGCGCUUGGUUCCGAAAAUCGAGAUUCAAAGGUGGAAAGGGAAAAAGUUUGAACGUCGGAGGAGCUGGACUUGGCUUUAGAGGAAGGCCUGAAACUUCGUCGACUUCGAGUAGCGGUUCUUCGUCGCAAGGAUCGAAGGACAUUAGCGAAGUGGUGAAGAAAUUAGAGAGACACGGACCUGGUAGCGAUCGAUUAUCCGCUAUGAAAGCUGCGUUUCGCAGUCAAUACACUUCUCAGUUUCGGGCAUCGUCGGAUCACACGUGGGAACAAACUAUUACACGUCCUUCGGUGAUAAUGCCACCACCGCCUCCUGUACCACCAAAACCAAAUACGGAACAAUCGCGAUCUCAGAAUAGCCAAGCAUCAAAUACCAGCGGGGAGAAGAAGAGAGUGAGGAAGAGUCGAUGGGAAUAA